UAUCAAUUGACUGCCAUCACUACGCUACAGAAAUCAUUUAGCAACAAACAUUUAUUUAUCAAAAUGAUACAACAUUCACUUGAAGAUUUACAAACAAUACUUCAACUCGACAGUCGAUACUAUGGAUUUCUGGACUUGUCAGAUCCCAAAAAUUCGGAAAUUAAGGAGCUCAUUCAGCGAACGAUUACAGCAUUACAAGAUGAAGUCGCCCAUUCUCACUCGCAUUCAAUGCAAAUGAUUAAACUCGAUGCAAAAUCACAACCCAUCAAAAGCGACCUGCCAACAAGCGAUGUCGAGCAUAUUAAGGAAAACUCUUGCAAUGCACAACAUAAGAAUAAUGAUUUCAAAAGUGGAUCCUCAAAUGAAACACCUGUAUCAGCAACCCAUUCAACAACAUCCAUUGGAGAAGUUGACGUAAACACAUACUGCAAGCUUGGGCACCUUCAUCUGCUCAUGUAUGAAUACUCGGAAGCUUUGUCGGCAUAUCAAAAAUAUAUGCGAUUAAGUGCGAAAUAUUGGGAGAAUCAUGCCUUUCUAUACGGUAUAGGUAUCGUUUAUUUUGAGUUUCGCUGUUUUAAAUGGUCUAUAAAAUCGCUUCAGGAACUUUUAUACUUGAAUCCACAUUUUACAUGUGCAAAUGAAGCCCAUUUACGUCUAGGACUUAUGCUAAAAGCUAAUGGCGAAUUUCGUACUGCCCUUAAGCACUUGCAGCUAGCGUUGAUUGAUACAUCGCCAUCCACGUUUACCGAUCUACAAGUGAAAUUUCAAAUAGCUCAUCUGUAUGAAGUGCAAAAUAAGCAUAAAGCCGCCAAGGAGUCAUAUGAAUUUAUAUUAAAUAAUAAAAAUGUGUCGUUGGAUCUUAAAGCAGAUAUAUACAGACAACUAGGAUGGAUGUAUCAUUGUGUCGAAUGCCUAGGCGAAAAAAAGGAACGUGAAUCGAAUGCAUUGCUAUUUUUACAAAAAUCCAUCGAAGCCGAUCCAAAGUGCGGACAAUCAUUAUAUUUAUUAGGAAGAUGUUAUGCCGGUGUUAAUAAAGUUCAUGAUGCAUUUUUAGCAUAUCGCAACUCUGUGGAAAAAAGUGAAGGGAAUGCUGAUACUUGGUGCUCAAUCGGUGUAUUAUACCAGCAACAAAAUCAACCAACCGAUGCCCUACAAGCCUAUAUAUGCGCAGUUCAGCUUGAUAAAGAGCAUAGAUCUGCAUGGACGAAUUUAGGUAUUCUAUAUGAAAGUUGUGGACAAUUAAGAGAUGCCUAUGCCUGUUACUCGAAUGCCAUUAAACGUAUAGCAAACAAGAAAAUAGGCAAUGCCCAAGAAGGAAAUAAAACUUUAUAUGCAAAAAGCAGCACGAAUGGACUGACGAAAGGUCUAGCGCAACGUGUGAAAUUUUUAGAAUCCCAGCUUAGCCAAGCACCACUGCCCAGUAUAACUUCAAAGCGAAGGCAGCUUUGUUCUAUUGAAGAAGCUUGGAACCUGCCAAUAUCAUUAGAAAUUAAUUCACGUCAGCAACAGCAGCAAACCAUUCAAAUGCAGCAAAGACAGUUUGGCAAGAAUCCAUCUGUACAGGGACCUCCACCACCCUACCCUCACAGUCACGGCAAUACAGGUAAUCCCAUACCCGCUAAAAGGGUCAAGGAGGAUGCCGAACACACUGCAAGAAACCGAACGGAUGCCACACCGAAUUCAUCACAACAGCAACAUCAAAUGAAUUCUGCUCAGUUUUUACAGCAGCCGUUAAAUCGACAGUCUAUUAAGACAAGCUCGUCGCCAGGUCCAACAUCGAGCGCAACAAGUGCAGCAAACGAAGCAAUAUCCGAGAGAACAAACUAUGGUUCAGAAAUAAUCUCAAGUGAUAACAUCAAAGAGGAUAAUGAUGCCAAUGAUUUCGAACUGACUGAACAAAAAUUACAAAUUCGCUGUCCAAAUAUAUCAACGAAAUUAGCUGAAGACGAUGCCCUUAAUAACUAUAAUGGUACAAAUAAUGUCGCAAUUAAGUACGAGAGUUUAACACACUUCAAUGAUGAUACUCAAACUAACUUUAAAGAUCAAAAGCCCAAAGUCGAAUAUGAUAAUGAUCAAGAAUCAUUGCCAACAUUUAAUAUACAAAUGGAUUCAAAGCAAUUGUGGUCAGCGGUAAAGCAAUUAUCCGUGGAUGAGCCACCAAUUAACUUUUCAAUAACUACAAAAAAUACACCGCCCCCAUCGCCACCGGAUUGUCCACCACAACGACUCACUCGAGAUCAACUAUUACCCCCAACGCCAUCGGUGCACUUGGAAAACAAAAAGAAUGCGUUUAGUCCACAGUUGCAGGAGUUCUGUCUAAAACAUCCCAUUGCCGUUGUCAGAGGUCUUGCUGGUGCUCUAAAGCUCGACCUGGGCCUCUUUUCAACGAAAACAUUGGUGGAGGCUAAUCCAGAUCACAGUGUGGAAGUAAGAACGCAAGUCAAUCAGUCACCCGAUGAAAAUUGGGAUGUAUCUCAAGCAAAGAGAGUUUGGGCCUGUAUAUCACAUCGAUCUCACACAACCAUAGCGAAAUAUGCACAGUAUCAAGCGUCCAGUUUUCAAGAUAGCCUCAAGGAUGAAGGCGAUAAAGGCUCUGCCGGCUCUCAAGUCAUGUCGGAUUCAGAUUCCAAAGAUUCGGUUUCAAAUUCAAAUAUUAAUUUAAGACGCAAACGCCAAAAGAACGGCAGUAAAAUGCUAAGAUUUGGAACCAAUGUCGAUUUAUCGGAUGAGAGGAAAUGGAAACCUCAGCUUAGCGAAUUACAAAAGCUGCCAGCGUUUGCUCGAGUGAUUUCAGCUGCCAAUAUGCUCUCCCAUGUGGGUCAUGUAAUUUUAGGAAUGAAUACCGUGCAAUUAUAUAUGAAAGUGCCAGGAAGUCGAACACCUGGUCACCAAGAGAACAACAAUUUUUGCUCAAUUAAUAUAAAUAUUGGACCAGGCGAUUGUGAAUGGUUUGCUGUACCCGAUUCUUAUUGGGGCGGCAUUCAUAAUCUGUGCGAAAAGAAUAACAUAAGUUAUCUGCAUGGUUCAUGGUGGCCGGUCUUAGAAGACUUAUAUAAAGAAAAUAUACCAGUAUAUCGGUUUAUUCAAAAACCUGGAGACCUAGUUUGGGUGAACGCCGGUUGUGUUCAUUGGGUACAAUCCGUUGGAUGGUGCAACAAUAUCGCCUGGAAUGUUGGACCAUUAACAGCUCGUCAGUAUUCACUUGCUAUUGAACGAUACGAGUGGAACAAGCUGCAAAGCUUUAAAAGUAUUGUUCCCAUGGUACAUUUAAGUUGGAACUUGGCCAGAAAUAUCAAAGUGUCGGAUGUUAAACUGUUCGAGUUAAUCAAAAUGUGCUUAUUGCAAUCGUUAAAAAAUGUAUUUCAUAUACAAGAAUAUGUAAAAUCCAAAGGAGUCGAAGUUCGUUUCAAUGGCCGUGGAAAAAACGAAGCUUCCCACUAUUGUGGGCAAUGUGAAGUUGAGGUUUUCAACGUAUUGUUCAUUCGAGAACAGGAGAAAAGGCAUGUGGUCCAUUGCCUACCGUGUUCCCUGAAGCUAUCACCAUCGCUGCAAGGAAUUGUGUGUCUAGAGGAGUACCGUCUGUCCGAGCUGCAGCAAGUGUACGAUUCAUUUACAUUAUAUAGAACACAAGGACUGGGGCAAGCACAUUAAGAAAUAUAUAUAUAUAGUAUACACAUAAAUUAUACACAUUAUAACUGAAAUUAUAUUUUAAUACCUUUUAU